AUGGAGCGAGGUUACGAAAAGAGACACAGUAAGCACCACAAGGAAAAGCACAAGAAGCGCGCACACAAGAAGUACAGGAGUCAUUCGGGCUCCCAUGAACAGUCAUAUGCUACUAGUAACUCCAUGAAACCCCUGGUGGAGUAUUCCGAUGUCAGCUCUGAAGAUCUAUCAGCUCCCGAGGCCGGUGAGAUAGAAAGUGAAGCUAGUUCGAUCGGUCGGCAUAUUGCAGAUGACUUAGAUAGAACGAGAAAAUCCCACCCCAUACGUACCUUCCUUGACAACAAGAUAUCUGUUACGACUAGCAGCAGACGAGUGGUCGAAGAUUACACCCUCACUCGAGAUUCUUCCACGGCAAGGAAGAGACGAGGCGUUGAAUACGAGGAACCGGUCCCGGAGUUCGAUGAUCAUUCCCGAUAUAAGAAAAAGAAGGAGAAACGAAAGAAAGACAAGAAGAAGAAAAAGAAGAAGUCCAAACACAGGUCGCGUUCAGCCAGUCUAGAGAGUUUGUCUCCUGGUGAUAUCGUGGCAACUUGUACACCGCUCAGACCCUUGACACCACAACGAUACACUCAGGUGCCCGUUAGUGAGUGGGAAAAAGGAUCAUCUCCGUUAAGAAACGGUUCCUGUUCCCCGGUGUCCCCGUCAACUCCUCCGUUGAGGCAUGAGGUGUCUCCUCGACACCGACCCAUUCACCGCGAGCCUUCUAUGCACAAUGUUAUCCCAUUCUCACCUCAUGCAGAGAGAUCUCCUAUUAUUAGUAUUGAUUUAUGCAGGAGGAGGCAGAAGUCAACAACUCCUCACACACCGCUGGCACCUCCCUACCAUGAAACAGUCACUAUUGACUCGGACACAGAACAGGAUUAUGAUAGAAGACGCGACUACUGGCAUGAACAACGCAUCUCUAAUGAAAUUAUGGUUAUAUCUGACUCCCCGGUCCACGAGUCCCGUAGUCGUGAGUACAGCCCGCGUCGUCACCGCCGCCGCUCGCCUCGCAGACGACGCAGUAGGGACAGGGAGAGACAUAGGGAGAAGACUCAUCAUCGGUCUCACAGUAGGUCGUCCUUAAAGCGUCGUCGCUCUGGUUCACGGUCCAGACGUCGUUCAUCAUCACCUCCGAGACAUCGGCCCAGACAUGCAGAAGUAGCCAGAGAUAGGCACAGGAGUAAACAUGAAUCCCCAAGCCCUCCCACACUGUUACAGAGAAAGAUUGACUUCAAAGAAAAGAUUAGUGAUACCAGUUUGUUUGCUGAACUUGUUAAAGACAAACACAAGCGUGCCAAGAAAUUACAAGAAAUAUUAGAACAAAAAGAAGAAUCACAGGGAGCUGCCUCGAGCAGUGCAUCAGUUACUAACACUGAUGCACCAACAGAAGACCUUGCUGAUAAUGCAGAUAGUAUGCAGAGUUCAAAGGAAAAUGGUGAGAACUCCAAAUCGGAUGUAGUAGACAUUCCAAUGCCGGUACAGACUUCGGAGGAAUCCAAUGCUCAACCAUCAGAAACUGAGCCGCAACCUCCUCAGCAACCAAACGCAACCACCAAUGGGGAAGCUAAUGAGAAUUCUAAUAGCUCUGAGACCCAAAAAGUUCCUGUCACACCGCCCGCCCCUGUACCAAGUGCCACAUCAACUUUACCGCCCCUACCGAAGGUGGGUGGCAGCGUGGUAGAGGGUGUCUUUAUGAACAGCCAACAACCCCCUCCGCCUAAACCAAAAAGCCUCACAAAACUGCCCAUGCCGCCUAAUACUCAGGUCGAAGAUUUAAAGACCCUAGCCAACGAUAGUCCAUUAAGCACGCCGUCCCCAAGUCCAGUCAAGAAACCGGAAAAACCUAAGAGAACCGGUAUUAUGAAUUUACCGAUGCCGCCAGUGAUCCCUGGGUCAGAAGAGUUGAGUGGUGAUGAAUUAGACGGGUCCACUCCGCCCGCUCGUCCUCCCACACACAGAGAUCAAUACUCACAUGUGUUCAGCGGCAAGAGGCAGGCUGAUGCGGGAUCUAAACUGAAAAGGCCGCGUAUUCUGAAACGCCGCGGGUCAAAGGUUGUCCCGGUAGCGACUCCCACACACCACGCCAAGGAUUGGGGAGAGAAAUGUGUUGACGGUUUCCAGGUGAUAACUCAAAUUGGCGAAGGCACAUACGGUCAAGUAUAUAAGGCUCGUGAUAAAAACACGGCACAACUCGUAGCUCUGAAGAAGGUGAGACUGGAAAACGAAAAAGAAGGCUUCCCAAUCACCGCUGUCAGAGAAAUAAAGAUUCUGAGACAACUGAAUCACAAGAAUAUUGUUAACUUAAGAGAAAUUGUUACCGACAAACAAGAUGCUAUGGACUUUAGAAAGGAUAAAGGGUCAUUUUAUCUGGUCUUUGAAUACAUGGACCACGACCUCAUGGGUCUCUUAGAGUCCAAGAUGGUAGACUUCACCGAGUCACAUAACGCAUCCAUCAUGCGUCAACUAUUAGAUGGACUUGCCUACUGUCAUCGGAAGAAUUUCCUACAUCGAGAUAUAAAAUGCAGUAAUAUAUUAAUGAAUAAUAAAGGUGAAGUAAAGCUAGGUGAUUUCGGUCUGGCUCGUCUGUGGUCAGCCGAGGACCGAGCUCGGCCUUACACUAACAAAGUCAUCACACUGUGGUACAGACCACCCGAACUAUUGUUAGGAGAGGAACGAUAUGGUCCCGCUGUGGAUGUGUGGUCCAUGGGGUGUAUACUUGGGGAGUUAUUCUUGAAACAUCCACUGUUCCAGGCUAACACGGAGAUGAUGCAAUUGGAGAUGAUAUCUCGCAUCUGUGGCACACCAGCGCCGGGCGUGUGGCCCAACGUGGUGAAGCUGCCGUUGUGGCACACUCUGCGGCCCAAACGGUUCCACAAGCGAUGUGUUCGGGAACAGUUCGCCUUUAUGCCACCAGCGGCCCUACAGCUGUUGGAUCGGAUGCUGGAGUUGGAUCCAGAUAAACGAAUUACAGCGGAGGAUGCUUUGAAGAGUGUGUGGCUGAAGAAUGUUGUACCGGAUCAAAUGCCAGCCCCGGAGCUGCCAACAUGGCAAGACUGUCACGAGCUCUGGUCCAAACAACGCCGGCGACAGCAGCGGGAACAGGAACAAUCAUCAAAACCUAAAUCAUACACAUUCACACAGGAUGAGAACUCUGAGUCGAGUUUCAAAAGUGACAUCAAGCCAGAGACUAACCCGGAACCCGUCGGACAAGUUAAAUAG